AUGGCGAAGUAUACUGACUCCGUCAAUCUCCUCCGUUCCGAUUUGUCUCCUGAGUUGACUAUGGAGAUCCUUGGUGCUGAGUUAUGGAACGUUUCUAAGCUCUAUUUUGUGAACAAAUCCAAAGACUUUCGUGGUCCAAUGAGUAUCUUCUCUGAAGCAAAUCAAGGUGAAGUUGCUGUGGAAGGAACAUUAACAGAUAAACUCGAGAUGAGACCACACUGUGGCAUUGAAGAAUACGGAAAGCUUUGUCAAGAGAGGAACAGAAAACAUGUGGCUGAAGCUAGACGCCUAGACACACACAGAUCAAACUUCUUUUCUUUGAAAUUACCUGAAAAGGCUCUUGAGAAUUGCUGUGGACUGCACUUGAUCUCCAAUCCUGUGAUGGUAAAGAAGAAGACUGCUUCAGUGAAGCUUAAAUGGAGGAGUAGAAGCAGUCGUGGUAAGGUGGAAGUGAAGAUACUGACAACCGAAACGGACAUGGAAGCAGCUUCUUCAAGAAACCAACCAACCAGAGGAAUUCUUGAGAGGAAUACUGAGAGAGCUUUGUGUGUACAAUGGCCAUGCGAGAAGCUACGAGCUUAA